ACUGGCAUUCAGUUUUAGGGCCUCCCUGCGCGCCAUAGAGACGCGCAGAGACCUUCAAACUUUGCAGCUGACCCGCGGCCUGCCAGCGCUGUCCACUCCGAACUCCGGAGCGCAGGGCAUUAGCUUGCGCGCUCAAAAGAGGGCUCUGCGAGUAUUUUGAAAUAAGGCCCUUUUAGGCCCCGCGCGCACGCCAAUCGACGCGCCCAUCACACCGGCGCAACUGCCCAGCACAGCGCUACACGGACGGCCGGCACCGACCGCCCCCGCCGUCGUGCAAUUGCGUGAGCGGUAGCCGCGAACCGAACCGCGCUCUCCCACACCAACAUUCGACGACUGCACGAAGCGGUCGCCGCACAACACUCAAACGACGCAGCCAUGGCCUCGGACGCGCCCUGGCGCACGGAAGGAUCCGUAUUAAUCGGCUUGGACUUAGUCCGUUCAGUGAUGGGCGUCGAAGGAGGCAUCAAGGAACAGGCCCACGCGAAAGUCGUCGGCUGGUUGUCCGCGGCCGAAUCGGACUUCGAGGACACGCGGGGCAACCCGGCGCCGCUGUACCGCAUCAAGUACUUAGAUGGCGCGCUCGCGGGCGACGAGGAGGAUUUGGAGGAGUACGAGGUGCGCAAUUCGGUGCCAGAUGCGGAUCGAAGAGCUCUUGCCGAGCGCGAGGGCGUGCCGUACGUCGAGCCGACCAAGAAACGGAAGGUCGCGCCUCCGAAAAAACCGGCCGCCAAGAAGAAGAAGCGCGGCGGCGCCAUCGCGGCCACGAAGGCCGCGCCGCGGCCCAAGAAGAAGAAGAAGCGCGAGUCGUCGGUGGUCGUGCAGCGAGAGGAAGCUCCAAGACCUCUCAGAAGGGCCGCGGCGCAAGCCGCGUUAAACAGAGGUUUUGCAGAUGGCAUGAUGGCGUCCGCGCACCGAGGGAGGGACGAGGUCGUGCGCAUCGGGCUGGCGCGGCGCGCGUUGCAGGAGCUCACGGUCGAGACCGGGGCCCCAAAAGUGAACCGGCGCGACGUGACGAAGAAGUGCGCUCGCGGCGUCCUGCGGUGCUGCGGUGCCUUCACUUCCUUAAUUCCAGGGGUGGUUUCAUUUUUGAUUUUGAGGCGAUUCGGACCGCGCAGGUGCCGCGAGCUCGCCGGCAAACUUUCAAGAGGCGACGUGACGCACGAGACGGCCAAGGACCUGAGCGACGACGACGGCUACUUGCAUUCGGACGACGAGGGCAUCACGGACCUGCCGCUGGCGUCUUCUCUCGUGGAACACGCGCUCGAUGCGCUCGUCGAGCAGGGCGAGGUGAAGAAGUCCGGUGAUGAUUAUGCGCUGGUCGUCGACGACGACGGGGACUGGCGCGGGGCGGCGUCCUGUCCGAGGCGCCUUCCGCUCGGCGCCGUCGAGGCGCCGUCGCGUCGAUGGCGUCUGGCGCCCCCCGUACGCCGUCGCCGCGGCCGCGCGAGAGUCUCACGCGCAGGUCCGACGACCCGGACAACCAGCAGCACAAGUCUUUACUGUUCUCGAAGCCGCCCCAGAGCUACGAGAACGCGCUAGCUAGAACACUGAACGAGCGGCCGUCGGGUGCGCGCGCGUCGUGGCGGUCCGUGCGAAGACACGUUAUUGUGCUCCCGCAAGGCCCUGAUGAAGACGUCGAAGAACCACAAGAGGAGGAGGAGGAGCAGGAGGACCCGGAGAUGGCCCAGGCGCUGCGCGACGCGUGCUUCGAGGCCGCGCGCAUCGCGGCGAACGACUCGUCGGAACGUCCCACAAAAACGGCGUUCGCGAUCUUCAAGGUGCUGACUCGGCGUUUUCAGUGAUCUUGAACUUGUCGGGGUCGCCGCGACGGCGUAGUGUCGCGACGGCGUCGUUCCCGCGCAGGAGACGUCGAUGAAGGCCGCGGUGGCCAAGACGAUGGACGGCCAUUCCCUGAACGACGACCCCGCCCCGGGCUGGUACCGCGAGCUCGUCGCGCGGCGGUCCGGAGAUAAAGUGGACGCUUAUUAUUAUCCUCCUGACGGGACGCAGCUGCGGUCGCGGCCCGACGUGCGCCGCUACUUCGAGGCCCAUCCCGACGAGGCCAAGGUCGGGGAUCGUACGUCUCGGCGUCUUCACGCCAUCGACGCGACUCGUGGGUGGUGCUCUGGUCCAAAUUUGGGCCGAUUCGGACCGCGUCGAUGCUCCGCGCAGGUACGCUGGACCCCCAGAGCGACUUCCAGUUUGCGUAUAGCAAAGUUCCCAGUAGUGAAAUUGCGAGAUGUAAACCUCUGGACCGGACCGCGAUCAGUGAGGAAUUGAGACGGCUCUGGGACGCGUUGUCCGAUGACCAGAGGAAGGUUUAUGAUCAAAAAGCCGAUCAACUGAGAGGCGAGAUGGCUCGGGAGCGACUCAUCGCGGCUCGAACUGCGCGAGACCGGGCCGUCGAAGCAGCAUUAGAGUUAGGUGCCAAGGACCGCGACGCGCGCUUGAUCGCGGCGCGCCAGACGAAGCAACUGUUUCCUGAUGUGGAUUGGGAGCAACUGGUCAAGCCUUCUUCACCUAGAGAAACAGACAUGCCUCCUACACCUAGCUCGAAGGCACUCAUCGCCGAGUUGGAGGGCGAGCCGUCGUUCGACGAUCGUCGAGGACGGCCUCGGCGAGCGGCGGCUGCUUCCGCGCCUCGCACGUACUCCGAGAAGCCGGCUAGUGCGACGGAUAUUGUUCUAAGGGCACUUGAUAGUCGAGAGGGCGAUCCGGAGGCUUCCGAGGGCUGCGACUGGCCCCAGCUCUGUUCUCUCGUCGCUGCGUCGGAGCGAACGAAGCCUCGGACGAUCCGCUGUGUCGCGUUCGCCUCGGCUCCUUACAAAGCGACGCGCGACGGUCUCGCGUCACUCGUCAAGAGUGGUAGGGCUCGGAGGGAUCUGUGCGACCUGUCCGGCGAUACUGUGUUACAAACAGAUGACGCUGCCGUUGUCAGACACGAGCGGACGGAAUGUGCGUUACGAGCCCUGAUCCUGGCCAAGCUCUCGCCACCUCGCAAUGCUCUCGCACCAUUACUCCCGGGCAACCCGCAACCUUCCCGGAGGGACCCCUGGAACAACCGCUGCAUUCAGCUUGCGGGGGCUUGCGGCCGAUUGCUACCUUUGGAUAAGACGAGUGACGGUGGUCGCAAGUGCAUCCUCGACGACUCCAGAAGUUCCGACCGGCAAUUAACCAAGGCAGAAGUGUUUGAGGGCGUCGUCAGAGCGACGCCGGCCGUGCGGUUCCCGGAGCUCGAAGUUGAUUCACUGUGUGAAAAACCCGUCAUGGUGUACUGGCCCAUGGACCGGUUGUUUUACGAGGGCUUGGUCGUCGCGUCGCGGCAGGGGCCCCCGCUUACGGAACCGCCAAUGUAUGGCGAGGCGUCGCCAGCUCUCGAGCAUUUGGUGCUCUACGACGACGGCUCGUCCGAGUGGCUCACGUUGAAGAAUGAAAAAGUCCGAUAUGUGCAAGCGACGCGCGCCGCCCAGCUCGUCGGCCAGGUCACGGCGUCGCUGUCGGCGGACGACGACAUGAGUUGGUUUGCCGCACCUGUAGGAAGCCUGUGUGGAAAUCAAAUUUGGGGUCGCGCGCGGUCGGCGUGCGGUGCCGGUCUCGGGAUGGUCUUGGCCGAGUUUGGGCCUCUCGGAGGGCCGCGGUGCGUCAUGACGAUGGCGUGGAGGCUCGACGACGCCCUCCGACGCCGUCGACGCGAUUUCCACGCAGGUCGAGGCCGAGGCGCUGGGCCUCGUCGACUACCACAACGUCGUCACGGAGCCGAUGGAUUUGGGCACUGUUGAUGAUCGGGUCCAGCGGGGCUACUACGACCGGACACCUCUUGAUGAUGAGGACGUCGACGAGGAGUUGUUGAGUCCGCUGGAGCUGGACGAGCUCCGAGCGAAGCGCAUAAGAACGGGCGCCGCGGCCGACAUAAGGCUCACGUUCGAAAAUGCCAUAAAAUUCAACAGCGACGCUAGAAAUGCGUGCCACCAGACGGCUCGGCGGUUGCUGGCCAAGUUCGAGGCCGGGCCGCUCGCGGGGGACAACUCGAAGCUCCCGCCAGAAGACGAGGCGCCCAUCGAGGUCGAGAUCGAAGUUGAUAGUGACCCGGACUAUUCGGAUGACGACGACCGUCGAUUACGACAGAGAAGAGUGCGAGCGACGCCGACGGCGACGGCGCCCGGCCGGCAUUGUGUGGAGAACGCUUUACGGUUCGAGCAGAUCCUGACGUCGAUCGCGAACAACCACAACGCCGUGACGAUGCAGCCCCCUCCGGAAUUCGAUAUGGUGCGCUUGUAUAAAAACAGAGGGAAAUUAGUAGAGGACCUGUAUCGGUUAAGAGCCGAGGCGCCUUUGCUCGAAGGGAUGUCUCGGGAAGACUCGGAAUUAGUUAAACAAAGGGACUUCGGGAUUGCCUCCUACAAGGCUUCUCUCCGUGAUCACAGACGAGCGAAGGAGGCCUACGACGCGCAUCAGGCUUCGGUUGCUAGAUAUUUGGCGGAACGUGCUAACGCUGCUCCUGAGGCCGUGUCGGCGCUGUCGGCGGCGCUGACGCCUGCCCAGGCUGCACCUGUGCCGCCUGUUCCGGCGCCGGUGCCCUCCUGGCCGUCUGCCGCGCCGCCGGCGGUGCCCUACCAAGCACCUGCCGCGCCGCCGCCGCCGACGAGCGCCCUCGCGGCCACCGUCGCCGCCGCCGCGCUCGCGCCGCCUUCGUCACAUCAAGCGCACGCGGUGCCGCCGGCGCCCGUGCCACAACAAACGCCCGCCGUGCCCGUGCCGCUUCCAUCGAACGUGCCGCCGUCGUCGAUGCCGCCGGGCGUCGUCUCAACGGGCGCGCUGCCUCCCACGCAACCCUGGGCGCCGCCGCCGGCGACCUGGUCGUCAGACGCUCCUCUCCACGAGCGCGGCGGCGGCGGGCUCGACCCGGACGACGAGACGUUGGACGACCUGCGCGCCAAGGCAGUCGCGCCGCCGCCCCAGGACCUGCGAGCCGCCUAUCUGCGCGAGCAGGCUUUGAGAGCACAAUUGCCGCCCGGCCCGCCGCACCCCGGGCCCGAGCCGCUCGAGCCGGCUUCAAUGGACGUCCGGCCCUUGUUCCGCGGCCGCCAGCACGUGGAGCGGGCCUACUACGAGAAGGCCCACGCCGCGUCGCUGCCUUCGGUGCCCUAUCUCGGGAGGAUCACGAACGGCCGCUGGGAAAUUAGAGGGGCGCUGGCGAAGGCCGCGCUCGGGCAUGUAUUGGGCGGUUUGGUGAAGACGGGCCACGUCGUGGAGCUGGCGGACGGGGGCUUCGUGGCGGCGCACCGUUAUCGGCGCGGGACGCCGUAUGAACGAAGACGCCUGGGCGGGCCGCAGCGCGUCGAGGAGGUGGCCUUGUCGGAGUACGAGCUGGAACGUCGGGCGCGGAUUGAGCGCAACCAGGCCUUCCUCGCGUCUCUGGGGUUCACGUGAGGAUGGUGCUCGACUCCGGGGUACUAAGUAGUAUAUAUCGCU